AUGGCUCCAUCCAGGAUUCGCAUAGUUCUCGCGCCCAAGAAGCUCAGGGCCUCUCGAGGCUCAACGUCCAAUGUCAAGAAGUCUGGGGACAACAAGUACAGCGAAUCGAACAAGAAAAUUCAGCAGCCUGUUCCCGCUACAUCAUUCCCGCUCAAUCGGGUUCCUGCAGAGAUCCAGACAAUGAUCUGGAGCGAGGUCAUCAAGAUGCCAGCCUGCCAUACUUUCAAAAUUGUGAAGGACGACCAGGUAUCCGCGGGCUCUGCUGCUAAUCCCUGGGCACUCCGCAUCAUGGCGAAAGAGCCCCGUCAUGACCCCUCUGCCUACCGCCUGUGGAAGAAACUACACCAGCUUCACAAUAUCAGCUUCGAGGCAGCCUUUCGCUUCUUGGCUACCAACAUCCAGCCCCUUGCUCUGCAUCUGCCAGGCUCGAGACAGCCGACAUACGCCCCACGUGCCGCCAUCGAUUCUUCAAAUGACCUGGUCAUCUUUGACUUUGAGAGGGGCUCCAGGCAGACACUGUUCUCGUGGUUUGAGCAUACUGGCGUACGAAGCACCAUGAAUAUAAGGCUGAUUCGGAGCCGCUUCAGGCACUUCACGAGAGUAGCCCUUCACUACCGGGACAGUCACGUUAAUGCCGAUCUGCCAGGCCCAUUCCAGUGCUACUGCCAGCCGCCAGUACCCAUGCGAUGCCACCGUUACAAGGCCUGUCCCCUUGAGCUGGCUUGCUUUCUGGACUGCUUCAGAAAUCUGAAAGAGUUCUAUUUGAUUGUCCAACCCAGACGCCAAGAGGAGAUCAGGUUCGCCGCUGAGUACAAGAAGAAUGUGGACCAUGCUGGUCUUUGCAUCCCAAGGACAAGGAUCUCUGGCCACGGGAAGACUGUCGGGCCUUUCAAGCUCUCUCAGUUCUUCGACACAAAGUACGAGUACAUCCAACAAGCACCACCGAAACUCAUGCCCCUCGUUCGCACACGGAGUCCUUUUUACGGUCCUGGUAGUGCACGUGACUGCCUCAUCAAGGCUUGGGACAUCUACAAGGGCACUACAGGCGAUGAGGAGUUCCGCACUCCUCAAGAGCAGCGUGACCAGUCUAAGAUAGGAUACAACCUGAGAGAUCCCUGCAUCUAG